AUGAAACGAAGAUUGAUCAGGGAUUAUUUGGUCCCGAUGGUACUGCUGACGAUUCUGCUGUGGACGAGUAUCUCGGAAGUGCACGCAAAGAAUGACGAAGAUGGCGUUAGCGACGGGGAGAAUAUAUAUGAGGACGAGGAGUACGAUGAUACGUACGACGAUGACGGCGACAUCAGUGGUCCCUUACCGUUCGGCACGGAUCAUGCACGGCACGAAGGUGGUGACAGUGAUAAAUCGAGAGCAUCAUCCUCCACGACAUUGUCGUCUGGCACGACGAAAGCGACGUCCACCACCGGCAGUCCUGCGGUGGUCAUUUUUGGUGAUGCAGACGAUCAUUCCACGGAACAGGAAGAGUAUGCGUGUCCGGGUGGAUGCAGCUGUUUCGAAGGGAUGAAGUACAUCAACUGUUCCCAUCGUGCCCUAACAGACAUCCCUUCCAUUAUGCCCGGUGUUGUGAUACGGUUAGAUCUGAGCCACAACAACUUGAAGCAUCUAAACGUGGAAGCGUUCCAGAACAUUACGGAAUUGCAAGAGCUCCUGCUGGCAGGCAAUGCGAUCGAACAGUUUGACAAGGAACUUCUGCUAAAGCUGGACAAACUGGAGAUGCUAGAUCUUUCCUCCAAUCAGCUAUCUAACCUGGAUAGUGAUUGUUUUAGCGAGGCAAGCAAAUCGCUUCGUCGGGUGUAUCUAAACGACAACCCAAUCGUCCUGCCGGAUGGCGGUCCCUUCCUGGAACUGCCGGACCUGGAACAACUGCACUUAGUGAAUUGCAAUCUCACUGAGCUACCGGACGAAGCGUUCAAGGAAUUGGGUGGACUCGAACUGCUCGAUCUCUUCGGCAAUCAGUUCGACGAGGAUAUGAGCGUAGAUUUGUUCGAACCGUUGAAGAAUCUAAUUCACUUGCGGCUACCAUCACUGUCGGAAAAUACUGUACGGGAGCUAUGCGAAAAACUGGAACGGAUAGACGUAAUCGACAUAACAACACACAACAUCAGCUGCUUCUACCUGGCGUCAGAAUCGUCCUUCGAGGAGAGCAUCAUAGUGGACGUACCGAAAACUCCCGAACCCAUAUUUAUGCCCAAAGAACCAACCACACCCCGCCCGACGCGCAAGGCGCAGAAAAAUUUGAAUGAAAUUAUGCAGGACUACAAAUCGUCCACUUCCAAGCUGGAAUCAUCCGAUCUCGCCCUACAACCAACAACCAGUCCGACGAAUCAGAAAGGUGGUGGCAGCAUUUCAUCCUCCCAAUCCGGAUCACCUUCAUCCGCUUCCAUCACGCACACCGGGAACUUGCCAGCGGUGGAGGAUGGUGAUGUGAUAAAGAAAUCGUCAACCGGGUCCGAACACCGCGCCGAUGGCGAACAGUCCCUGCUCGCAUCGAUAACGCCCGAAACGAUGAAACAGCUUCUGAUGGCAAUCAUUGGUGUGACCGUGCUGGGGCUAAUCAUCGGUCUGAUCUGUCGGCGAACCGGCAUUAAGAACAAACUGUGUGGCACCAAGCGACGCCCGGCCCCGACCGAUCAGGUACGACCGGCCGAGGAGGUCCCUCUCAACAAGGUCUAG